UGGUCAUAAAAUGUUGUGAUGGAAUGUAUAAAAAUAAAGUAGAAUGGUGAAAGUUUGAAAUAAAUUGGACAAGCAAUUCAAAAUUUAGGGCUGCUUUAAAAUUUAGAAACCUAAGAUGUAGAUUUCAAAUUGGCAACUUGGAAAUUAAAUUAUGACAAGGGGCAAGGAAAACUUUCCCAUAGGGCAUAUACUUAACAAGGGGUGUGUGGAUUUCUAACUGUCUUAACUCCUAAGUACCCAUUCCUUGGGGCAGCAAUCUAAAUGUAACCCAGGUAGUAUUGUUUCAUGUCCCCAUGAAGGAAAAAUAUUAUUUGAAGUAAAACUUGAAGAAAAAUAAAUUUUAGUCAUUUUAUGUAUUGGGAGUACAUGGUCAGGUAGUCCUUUCCUUAUGUCACUAUGACAUCAUAUAUGCAGCCAAUCACGUUUCAACUUGUCUGAUUUUCCUUUUUCCUCCAGUUUUUAUUACUUGGGUUGGGUUCCCUUUGAAUUUAGUAUGUGUUGAUAAAAAAUUUUUUUUUUUCCAAAUUGUGUACAAGUACAUGCAGGCACUAUAACCCUCUUAAAGUCUUUGUCCAAACAAUUUUUUAGGAUGAUGUAACAAAUAUAGGUAUUUUUUUAUUGCUUUAAUGUGCAGAAAAAACAGACUGAACAUCAAGUAGCAUCUCGAAAUAAGGAAAUAAGUUCCAUCAUGGAUAAACUGGUGGCUAACAAAAAGCCGCUGGUUUUAGCUCAAGCAGCAAGUGGCACCAAAGGCAAAGCUGGUACUCAUCAGGCAGCGGAAAUGGAGGCGAUUAAGACUAAGUUUAAGGCCAAAACAAAGGAGAACUUAGAGCUAAAAAAACGAGUCAAGAAGUUGACAGAACUCAACAUGAGGCUUCAAAACCAGAUCCUUGAUGUAUUUGCGAAACAGUCAAGGAUGUUGGAUUUUGGUCCAUCCACCUCCACACCCAUCCUAACGCCUCCAGAUUCAGCUGCCCCUUCAGCAGACCUGGCUGCCCCAAGGCCCCCAAGUACCCCGACUGCUACUCCAGAACAAACUCAGCCAAGGAGGACCAUCCCUUCAUCUGAAGAGAAUCGUUAUAUACCUAUAGAUGGAAAGGUUUCCUUUGGAGAGAAUGUUUCCCUCACAUCCCAGCAGUGGGAGAUUCUGGCCCACCAGGGGAGCGUUUCAUGAAAGGACUUGUCGGACGUUUUAUCCGACAAGUCCCAUUUUAUCCGACAGUUACUAU